GGGAACUCAUGUGGCAGUUUGUUGCAGGCAUCCGUGCAGCACGGACCGAGCGCAAUUGGAGAGAGAGAGCAUUGGACUCUGCCCCCACGGACUCGCGAACGUUUCGAGGAAUAUCUUCGACAUCCUCAUUAAGAAGGUCUCCGCGUCCCGCAAGUUUUCCCGAGGAGGAGUUUCUCGAGCGGACACGGGGGCACCGAGUUCGACGAUGUGCCGUGUCUGAUUGUGCGACGAAGGAUAGUUUGAAAAUGUGCAAGAAGAUCCGGGACUGCGCCCUGGACGUUCGCUCAGUACCCCUUCGGUUCGAGGCAGCGGAGAUCUCGCACCCGGAAACUUUGCAGCCGGCUGCGGCCUCCCCGGAACAAUCGUCGCCCCGCAUCUACGUCAGCAGCCUGUACGUGACGAUCGGGCACCGUCGUACCCGGGCUUAAACGGCCGCGACGCUGGAACUAGCCGCGAAUGUUGGCUGCUCGUGUGUCUUAAUAGAGAAUCAUCCAUUUACUUGUGCGGGCCGCACGCGUGCUAUCAGGCCGCCGCCUCGUGGCUGCCAGCGGAGCAAAAACGCCUCGUUCGAAAGGCAUUAAUCAAGCUGAACGCGGGUCGCUCGCGGGGCGAUACGAACCAAUAAACCAUGAUGGCUCAGACGUCGGACCCUGCCCCGGUCCACUGCUACACCAAUCCCUCGUUCUGCCGGCAAUCGGAGUACAUCCCCGAGGAUCAGACGGACCUGCCGCCCCCGCCGCAGUUCCAGGGUGCGGACGACCUGCCGCCGCCGCCGCCGCCGUUGCAGUUGCAAGGCCAGAGCAACCCAGCGUUCCAGGGGCCGACGGAGGCUGGCAGGGUCGAGAACUGCGGGGUGCGGGGGAGGUAUUGCUACCUGGAGGACAACAGGAGCCACGCAACGCACCGCAGAUACGCGAGCGUUCCGGUGGAGGAGCAUCACCCGGUCUACAAUCAGACCUCGCGGUACGAGUACAUACCCGAGGAGCAGAGGGGCCCGCUGCAGAGGAGGGGCUCCUCCAGGUACGACUUCAUUCCACACCAGCAGGUGCAACAGCGUUCCGCAACGGCGGCCAACCAAGACGAUGCCGGGGAGACGCAGAUGCAAGCCUGCCGGAACAACGCCGGAAGGUACGCCGUUGUACCGGGUGACCAGGAGUUCCACGACGAGGACGCUACCUGGACGAAGCACGGCUCGCCCGUUCGCCGGCACAUCGACACGCCGCAGGGUCGUUACAGCCGAGUGCCUCUGCAAGAGGAUGACGCUCCGGCGUUGCCCGAGAGGAACCAGCACGAGAUCUCUCCGAGGAACAAUUUGGCUACCCAGAAGCUCCACGAGAUUCUGACCACUCCUAGGAAACCGAGAUCGAGGUCGGAGGAGAGGACAUUUUCUCCGAGAAGGCAGCAGUCCUUCUGUCAAACCGGAACCCCGCAAAGGAGGGCGCUGACGCCAGGUGGCUCGCCGACCGGUAGAACAUUUAGCCCCAGUCGAUCCACGCCCCAAGGAACGCCGCAUAACAGAACGUACUCGGGGCCUCAGACCUCCACCCCGAACAAAGAAUCCUCUGUUCGAAGAUGUCUACCGCUGCUAGAGAACACCUCGAGACAGGACCUCUGUCCAGCCAGCAAUUGCGGGAGACUGCGAUACGUCGGCACGGCCCCGGUCGACCUUGCGUCGUUGGGUCACGGCGAUCCACCGCCUCGGUACGGCUACGUGGAAAGCGGCCCCGAGUCUGUGCCUAUGGUGUCCGGUUCGCCUAGAUAUCAGGUGAUACCCGCAGGACAGAAGAGGAGCGGCUAUCAAAGCGUGGAGAGCGCGUUCAUCGCUAGAACCGCCGUGGUCCCGCCGUUGUCGCCGCCGCACAGUGACGCUAACACAACCUUGGCCAGCGGUUUGGAGAAAAACGAUAGGAGAAACGCGCCGCUACUAUUGGUGCUGGUCGGCAUCCUGACUUGCGGUCUGGCGUUAUAUUUAUCCUGGACGCAAGGCAGAAGGUUCGUACGGUCUGCAAAACCGGAUCAACCAGCGUCUAACCCGAUGCUAAUCCUCAGGUACUACUACGACAGCGCGGCAGGUUGCGGAGCAUGCUGCACCUUGGCAGGAGCCUGCAGGUCCCUGAGAAGAACCUGGACCGGGCUAGGCCUCGCAGGACUCUCGGCGCUAAGCUGCGCCGGUCUUUUACUGCUUGCCGCGAAGUCUCCUAAGGCCGGCACGCCUCUGCACGAUGUCACAGCUGGAGCUCUUUGCGGAGUCUCUUUAUUGGGUGCUGGGCUAGCACUGAUCGCGCUUCUGGCGCCCAGAUGCAACCUCGGGCGCCACAGGAGGGUGCAUUCCUGGAUCCCCCGUCUGUCGCCUUGACUUUGUAAUCAUAAGUUUCGAUCUAACCGAUGAUCUUUGUAUUUGGAACGCUGAUGUACCAUCGAACCUCGCGGUACCGAGCAACUUCUGCGAGAACAGCAGCGGCGUCUUCGUUCGAAACGAAGUUUCUUGUCGAGAUUGUACUUCAACUUUGGCUGACCUAGCGAAAAGGAUACCGCGAGGAUUGAUGAAGCAAGAGAAUCCUAGUCUGGAAAAUAUGCUGUCUAUGCGAUAAAGAGGCGUUUAUAUGCGAUUACAACGAAGCCAAAUAAAUUUCGUAGAUUAUAUUGUACGUGUAACGUUUAGAGACGAUGCUCAUGAUGUAUGUACCUGGGCUCUCUGUAUUUUGUAUCGAUUUGUUCAAUGGCAAUUAAAACAAUCACUGCGACGACUGUGUCCGAUUCAGUGAACCGUUCUCCUGGAUUUACCAUUCUUCGGUACGUCGCAUAGCGUUUGAUACUAUAGAGGAUUUCGGGGACGGAACCAAUAACUGCUAAAUUAAUUAAUUUUCGAUGUAGGAUCAUUGAUUCGUUUUCAAAGAGUAUACGUAGAUCUCAAUCAACAAAAAUAUACAUUUUUAUUUAAACGAUGAAGUUAAAUUUCGUUCCACUAUUUUAUUAAAUACAACGUUUCUUGACGAUCUUAUUAUUGCAAUUUGUUGUGAUAUAAUCACUGUGAACAGAUGUUUUGUCAGUUUACUGCUAAUGGAAAAAUAUAGUAACUUCUUCCUAAAGUAAAAUUCGUGUAGAAUAAUUACGGUAAAAAAAUUGAUCACUUUUUACUCGUCGAUUGAUAGAUGAGUUAGCUCAGGAGUUGUUGGUUUCGUCCUCGAAUCCCUUGCGGCGAAUGAAACUGAUAUCAAUGCAAUGUUUAAUGUUUCUAGAAGUAUAUAAAAGCGAACGUACUUAUCGCUACCUUUCUUUAAAUCGCUCUAACUAAUUGUAAGUCGAUAGAUUAUUAACACGAAAGCUUAUAAGAGUAUAUUGUUAUUUGCAUAAAAUUAUUUACUCGUUUUGACGGUUCCACAGCGACGAGUUGAUCGUAAUAAAGACCAAAUUAAAGCAGCAA